AUGCGCUCGCAAACGAAUACUGUAGUUCUACUAAUAGCUGUUGUUCUUGCAGCCUUUGUAACUGCAGACAUAAUAGUGAUAAAUACGCCUCCAGCGCUUAUCCAAAACCAAGUCUUUCAGAUUACAUGGGACUAUAACGGUCCCGUUGACGGCCAAGGUCAGUUACUAAUUACAGACUAUGCAACCCAAACUCCCAACAUUAUCAGCUCGACUAUCCCAUUGCAGCAAAAGUCCUUCGCAUGGACUGUCAAUGUCAAUCCGGGCAGCUAUUAUUUUACGUUAACUGACAGUACAAGCAUGAAGAUGAGUGGACCUUUUUCAGUUAUUGCAAGCGGCUCAACCACGACUAGUGCGGUUAAUACUGCUACUACAAGUAUUAUCACUACCACUACCGCUACUGCUUCUAGUUCCACCACUACUGCUUCUAGUUCCACUACUACUGCUUCUAGUUCCACUACUAUUGAUUCUAUUUCCACUAAACCUACGUCUACUAGUGCACCAGCUGAAAACACUCCCGCAGGACAUCCGUCAAAUGAUGGCUCAAAGCCAUCAUCUUCUAUAUUAUUUAUUGUUCUCCUUCCUCUAGUACUUGAAAUUUUUGUUCAGAUAAUCUGA